AUUCACCCAUAUUAAAGAGAUUUUCUCUCAAAAAGAAAUGAUGUUUUGCAGUACAGUGCUAUUUGUGUAACUUUCUUAAAACCUGAUGAAUACCUGAGUAAACGUUCUGAGCAUAUUUAUCUGGGAUUAUUGUCUUCGUUAAUUAAGACUUAAUGAUGUGCGUUAAAUAACGAUAAAUAAAAUGUUUUAAAUGUAACAGACAACAAACUAGUGAAAGGGACUUAAAGAAGGAAGCCAUUAAAACUUGAGAAGUCAUAGGAGUUCUAAACACUUACUGUGUGUGUGUGUGUGUGUGUAUACACACCACUUUUUAUUUUAGAUGCAGAUGCAUACAUGGAUGAUCCAGAUCUGCACAUGGUUCAGUUGCAGGCCCUGUGGGCGGAGCUUAAGGAAGGACUCAGGGGCGUGGUUCAGGAGAUCGCCGCCUUACAGCAGAGCAACAGCCAUUUGGAAGAGAAAGUGUCUGAGUGCCAGAGAGACACAGCCGAGAAAAUCCUGUCUCUGAGAAAUACGCUGAACACACUCCAGGAGGACACAGGCAUUGCUCUGUCUCAGAUGUCUGAACUUAACAUCAGACAAAAAGAGCUACAGAAAGAUCUGGAGAUACUACAGAGGACACGACACAGAAAAUUCUCAAGGGGGGAGGAGCUAGUGGAUGGCCACACCUCUCCGUGCAGCCAAACACAACUGAGACUCAUUCAGCAUUACAUCAGCAGCCUGCCAACCAGUCAGAGUUCUGAGCAGGAUGCCAGUGAUUUCAGGACUCAUCCUAAAGCUCCACUGUGGCGGGAAAGGAGAGAGAGCCGAGACCUGACAGAACAGAUCAGCCAGGACAUGAGUCAAAGGCAAGUAGCUGCUCUGGAGCUGUUGGAGUCAGAGAGAGUGUACGUGUCAUAUCUGUCUUUGCUGCUGAAGGCCAACAUCACCUACAACGGCUGUGAAAACUCGAACCUCAAAGACAAACGGCUGUUCCCAUCCUCUUUACGAUUUCUGAUCCAGCAGCACCUGGAGCUGUUGCAUCUCCUGCAGGAACGUGUGCUCAAGAGUCACUGGCAAGGCAUCAUGGGAGAUGUGUUUCUGAGGCUCAUCAAUAAAGAGAGUGAUUUUCUGGACAACUACACGUCCUAUCUAAAGGAGCUCCCUGAGUGCCUUUCAUCCGCCUGCUUAUUCUCAAAACCUGUUGGCCUGCUAGAGGGUGACAUCACAGGAGAUGAGACAUGUCCAUCCCUACACACUCUGCUGCUCCAGCCGGUCCAGCGUAUCCCAGAAUACCUCAGGCUCUUACAGAGUCUGUUGCAUCAGACGGAAUCUGAGCAUCCAGAUUAUUACCUGCUGCUUGUGUGUGUGCAGCAUCUACGAUCCUUCACCACCCAGUACAGUAACCUCCUCCAGCACAACCAGGACCUCCUCACACACUCCAGAGAACACACACACAACCUGUGCACACACCAGCCGGACCGGGUGGCACACACACGCAAGGAAUUCAGCAGAUCUUCAGUUAAGCAGCUGUAUAAAGUGGACUAUGAGAGUUCCUCACAUUUCAGUAGCACAAGUGCACUGACUGAUCCAGCCCACGGUCAGAACAGAAAGAAAGCAGCUGUCCAUUAUUACUCUGAUUGGGAGGCGGAGCCUAGUCGUUUCCACCCUGACAUUUCCUUUGCAUCCGACUCGGAAUCUCGUCACAAAGCCACACCCACUCAACUCCACAGGAUUCCAGAGACAGAAAGGGCAGGGUCAGCCCUGACCGACGCAAUGGAGGCAUUCCUUCCGUACAGAGGCGGGGACUCUCGCUGUUCAAGUCGCUCCCAUUCUACUGACUCAAGCAUCGACAUUGCUUUUGUGAGCUGUAAACCCUCCGUCAGUCCAAACCAUCAAUCCCAAAGCAGAGGGCGGCGCAGCGGAGGUGGGGUUUACAGAGCCAGCCGUGGCUGCGUGUCGCCCGAUUCAGCCAGCAUGAUGAAGCCUUUGCAGCCGGUACAACGAAAGAGCAAGUCGCUGAACGGUUUGCAGCUGGACAGCAUCGACAGCCGCCCCCACCUGGUCAGAAGUCCGGUCCACCCAAGACUGGUGCGCCAAUCAAGCGCCAAGUCAAGGCUGAGGAACAGCAGCCCAGAGCGGCAUCACCACGAACCCAACGCGCACGCCAACGCUGACGAGGUCACACAACAACUGCACAAGGACUCCGGCCCUCCAGUAUGGGAGGAGUUAAAAUGGAAGGGUGUGUCUGAUGAAGGUGACCACACCCCUCUGAGUGAGCGGAGCAGGAAGGAAGGCAAAGGCUUCCGAAGCUCCUUCAAAAAACUCUUUAAAAAGAGGUCUGGUGGAGAGAACAAGGUGGAGAAAGCUGUAGAGAAGGCUGACGGACAGAGCAGCAGUGAGCUGGAAUCUGGGAGGUCAAACAGAACAAGACAACCUGAAGAUAUUGACAGAGGAACUGCAGUCUAAACACACACAAGUAAUUCUACUAGAAGUAUACACUUGUGUUCAAAAUAAUAGCAGUCCAACACGACUAACCAGAUCAAUCACUGUUUUUGGUGGAAAUUAUAUUACUACAUGGCAAAUAAUUUACCAGUAGGUGUAGUAGAGUCAUAGAAAACCAACAGACCCAACAUUCAUGAUAUGCAUGCUCCUGAGUCUGUGUAAUCGAAUAAUUAAGUGAAAGGGACGUGUUCAAAAUAAUAGCAGUGUGGAGUUUAAUUAGUGAGAUCAUUCAUUCUGUGAAAAAACAGAUGUCAGUCAGGUGGCCCUAAUUUAAGGAUGAAGCCAGCACAUGUUGUACAUCCAUUUCUCUCUGAAAACCUGAGAAACAUGGGUCGUUCCAGACAUUGUUCAGAAGAACAGCGUGCUUUGAUUAAAACGUUGAUUGGAGAGGUAAAACGUAUACUGUAAAGAAGUGCAGAAAAUGAUGGGCUGCUCGGCUAAAAUGAUCUCCAGUGCUUUAAAAUGGACAGCAAAGCCAGAGAGACGUGGAAGAAAACAGAAGACUACCAUUCGAAUGGAUCGAAGAAUAGCCAGAAUGGCAAAGACUCAGCCAGUGAUCAGCUCCAGGGUGAUCAAAGACGGUAACUACCUGUGAGUACUGUGACAAUUAGAAGACGCCUGUGUGAAGCUAAUCUAUCGGCAAGAAGCUCCCGCAAAGUUCCACUGUUAAAAAAAAAGACGUGCUGAAGAGGAUACAAUUUGCCAAAGAACACAUCGACUGGCCUAAAGAGAAAUGGAGAAACAUUUUGUGGACUGAUGAAAGUAAAAUUGUUCUUUUUGGGUCCAAGAGCCGCAGACAGUUUUUCAGACGACCCCCAAACACUGAAUUCAAGCCACAGUACACUCUGAAGGCAGUGAAGCAUGGUGGUGCAAGCAUCAUGAUAUGGGGAUGUUUCUCUUACUGUGGUGUCGGACCCAUUUAUCGCAUACCAGGGAUCAUGGAUCAGUUUGCAUAUAUCAAAAUACUUGAAGAGGUCAUGUUGCCUUAUGCUGAAGAGGAAAUGCCCUUGAAAUGGGUGUUUCAACAAGACAACGACCCCAAACACACCAGUAAGCGAGCAGCAUCAGGGUUCAAGACCAACAAAAUGAAAGUUAUGGAGUGGCCAGCCCAAUCCCCGGACCUUAAUCCGAUAGAAAACUCGUGGGGUGACAUCAAAAAUGCUGUUUCUGAGGCAAAACCAAGAAAUGCAGAGGAACUGUGGAAUGUUGUCAAAUCAUCCUGGGCUGGAAUACCUGUUCACAGGUGCCAGAAGUUCUCAGAAACCGUGGUUAUACAACUAAAUAUUAGUUUAGUGAUUCACAGGAAUACUAAAUCCUUAAGAUUUUUUCAGUUUAUACAGUAAAUAUUUGGAGUUUGUAAUGAAAAAUGCAGACACCGCUAUUUUUUUGAACAGCCCAAUGUUCAUUUUUCUUCAUGUUUUGAUGUAGAAUAUAAUGUGCAUUGUUCCCAAUGCAUGGAAAUAAAAACUAUUAUAAGGAUUUUGAGCUUUACUCACGUUUUUAAAACACACUGCUAUUAUUUUGAACACAACUGUAUAUUUGUAGAGCUGUCGUCUCUUUCUCCCCCAUAUGUCUCCGUCCCCCCCUCCACGUGUUGCUUCUUUAAUGCCUUCAUUAUAGUCUUCUCUAUCCUCUCUCAAUGUUAUUAGCCACCAUUCAGUAACAUUAUAUAUUUAUAUAAAUAUCACUCCUGCUAUUCUGUACAUUGUACGAGACAAUUAUAUACAGCCACAGUUCCAUAAUCAAUUUAAUUUUGUCUAGAUAUUGGGGGAAAAAAACAAACAAACAAUAUAGAGGACAUUAAACAAAACUAAACCAUCUGCCAGAUCAAUCCCAGUGUGUCCAUUAAUGUGUGUUUAAGAAGAGAACAGGAACGAAGACACCAUGGUUUUUUUUUUUUUUCACCUUUAAUGUGUUACCUCAAUCUCAUAGCAGUUUCACUUUCGAAACAAAAUAUAGACGAUUAUACAGUCUGUAAAACCAAAUAUUAUCGUACACUAUUUACAGGUCAUGUGCAUCGUAGUGUGAAGUGAACGUAUAAAUGCAGCUGAAGAACACGGACUCGGUCUGUUAUUCACACAUGCUGAAACC